CUGGGGGCAGAGUGCGUGUAUUCAAGAACCUGGUCAGCGAAGACAGGAUUCGUGAGCAUUGAUUGGCUGAAGCAAGAAGCAUUUUGAACGCUGAUUGGCUCCGUCAUUCGCGGGAAGUACUUUGUGGCGCCAGCGAAAAGUAGAUAUAGCGCUGCGGCCGCAACAAGGUUCUGUGGCGAACGGCGAACUCAGCAGACUGGAAUUCUCUCGGUCUUUUUCCUGUGGAAAUCGUGACCAUAAUGUGGAAUAGUGGAUUUGAAAGCUAUGGCAACUCCACCUUUGGGGGAGCUGGUGGCUACACACAGUCCCCUGGGGGCUUUGGAUCGCCGGCACCUUCUCAGGCUGAAAAGAAAUCACGAUCCCGAGCCCAGCACAUUGUACCCUGUACCAUAUCACAGCUGCUUUCUGCUACUCUGGUUGAUGAAGUAUUCAGAAUUGGAAAUGUUGAGAUUUCACAGGUCACUAUUGUGGGGAUAAUCAGACAUGCAGAGAAGGCUCCAACCAACAUUGUUUACAAAAUAGAUGACAUGACAGCUGCACCCAUGGAUGUUCGCCAGUGGGUUGACACAGAUGACACCAGCGGUGAAAACACUGUGGUUCCUCCAGAAACGUAUGUGAAAGUGGCUGGCCAUCUGAGAUCUUUUCAGAACAAAAAAAGCCUGGUAGCCUUUAAGAUUAUGCCCCUGGAGGAUAUGAAUGAGUUCACUGCACAUAUUCUGGAAGUAGUGAAUGCACACAUGACACUGAACAAAGCUAACAGCCAGCCUUCGAGAGGAAGAGCAUCCAUCAGCAAUCCAGGAAUGGGCGAAGCAGGGAACUUUGGUGGGAAUAGCUUCAUGCCAGUAAAUGGCCUCACCGUGGCCCAAAACCAGGUACUGAAUUUGAUUAAGGCUUGCCCAAGACCUGAAGGAUUGAACUUUCACGAACUCAAGAACCAGCUCCAACACAUGACUGUAGUUUCAAUCAAGCAAGCUGUGGACUUUCUAAGCAACGAGGGACACAUCUAUUCCACUGUGGAUGAUGAUCAUUUUAAAUCCACAGACGCAGAAUAACUGGAUCUACUUGGGUACCUAACAUAUUUUCCAGCUGGACCUAUUUUCACACUCUUGUCUCCAGCUGUGUAUAUGUUUGGCCAGUUGACUUCUAGAAAGCAGGUUUCGUCUAUAAAAGAUCUCAAUUGACAUCCUUUUGAAGCUUACUGCUCUUCUGUAUUUUUGAAGCUCAAAGGGAAAUAGGCAACUGACAAGCAUGUAAAACAGACUGGAAUUUCUUAAGUUACAAAUUAAAACAUCAGGAUAGCGGAGAUGGAAGAGGGAUGCUAUCAGGAGUUGGGCAGUGUUACUUAAAUAAUACAUGCAAGUCUCUAUUCCUAAAAUGUUUCCUAUUGAGACAAGAUGAGUAGGACUAGAACCUGUGAGUGGAAAGCUAGCCAAGAAACCCGCUAACCUCUGCCUGUUUUUGUUCCUUGUUUUGGUUAUGUGUUACUUUCAGAAUUGCACUUUCUUGCACCACGUCUUGACUGCUGCCAAGAGCGUGUUUAUAAAUAUGAGGUUCUAGAGUUGGACCUCAUGGGGCAGAGGGGAAGAAAUGUUACCAUGAUUUGUACAAAUUAAAUACUUUCAUACGUUAAAUAAAGUAGUUUUGUUAUUGCGGUAAUUUA